GCACAGAGCGGAUGUCUGGACUUUAUGCUCUGUGUUUUUCUUGAAGAAAUCUCUGCUGGACAGUCAGAAAGUUUUACAGUUCGGAAAUCCAUCAUGUUCCCCUGCAGCGCUCUGCCGCCUCCUCUUUACCCGGGUUUCCUGCGUGCCCCAGCUGCUCUGUCUUCGUCCCUGAGCCGAUCACUCCCUUCCGGCUUCUUGGUAGAAGAUCUCCUCCGGUUAAGCCAGCCUGUCGGUUACAUACAUCGGACUUUCUCUUCCAGGAGUCCGGGGGACAUUCUCUCGCUCAGUCCGGGCCCAGGGUCUUCUCCACGUACAGCCGGACCCAGCAUAGAGAGGUCCGUUCAACUGAGCCGCGGCAGCCCCGGCACUCCAAACACCUCCAGCCCGGACUACCUUAAGUUCGGCGUCAGAACGAUCUUGGCACCGUCCACACAGAGUGUCCAGAGUUUUCAGCCAAAGUCCUUCCCAGUGCCUUUUUUAGAUAGAAGCCUCCAUCCUUACCUCAGAGCUUCUUAUUUCACAGCCUCCUCCUCUGUGGUUCCUGUCCCAGGGACAUUUUCAUGGCCCCUGGCCCCCAGAGGGAAGCCCAGGAGAGGCAUGCUGAGGCGGGCUGUGUUCUCAGACCUCCAAAGAAAGGCUUUGGAGAGAACCUUCCAGAAGCAAAAAUACAUCAGCAAACCAGACAGGAGGAAGCUUGCCAGCAAACUGGGUCUUAAAGACUCCCAGGUGAAAAUAUGGUUCCAAAACCGCAGGAUGAAAUGGAGAAACUCCAAGGAGAGGGAGCUACUGUCAACAGGUGGUUGCCGCCAGCAAACCCUCCCCACCAAAACCAACCCCCACCCAGAUCUCACUGAUGUAGGCAGCACCUACUGCCAAAGGCUGAGCAGGACUGCAGCAUACUGCCACGAAUCACAUCUCUGUCAUCACCAUUUUAACCAUUCAACUCUGUCAGAGUCAGGCAAACAAUCAGACCUGUCAGUCAAACAGUGAAAAAAAUAAUCACGGUUUCAUAAGAGAUUCAGAUUGAUGGAGUUUUCCUAGAAAAUGAUGGAAGUAAAUCCAGAAGUGCCUGAAUCAGCUCUGUACAUAUUUGCCUUCCAUUUUUUUGUACAGUGUUGUUUGUAUAUCCUUUAUAUGUAGUUCAGUGUAUCUGCACACA